AUGUCCCUAAGUGGUGGCACUGCAGGCGGGAAAGGUGUGGACUCUAAUGCGGUGGACACUUACGACAGCGGGGAUGAAUGGGAUAUUGGUGUUGGAAAUCUGAUUAUUGACCUUGACGCUGACUUAGAAAAAGACAAACUUGAGAUGUCUGGCACCAAGGACGGCAUGGCGGCGCCACCCAGUGCAGUAGCAGCAUUGCCUGACAACAUCAGAUUUGUUAGUCCUGUGUCUGGCUCUCAAGGCAAAGAAAGCAAAUCCAAAUACAAGCGCAGUAAAAACUCUAAAGACAAUAGUAGCAAAGCUUCAGCUGGAGAUGGGAAAAAGGAAACUGCAGGACGGACUCAAGGCGAGCCAACUGGCACUGCAGUAAAUGCAGUGGUUGCAGGCAACAAUUUGACCUCUGGAAAGAACAUAGAAAAAGGAGGCAAAACCUCCAGAGGUGCUCUGAGUGGGAAAAAGGACAAGGAAGGGGCAACGGGGAAAAGUAAAAAGGAUAAAACUGAGGGAGCAGCAGUUGUGCCUAUUGCUGCGGUGGAGAACGAGGUUGCGUCUCAAGUCCAAGUUACUCUUGGGAACUGUCGUAAUACACCCUCUGAAGGCACACAAUCAACAGACUUGGUAGAAGCGAAUCAAAUUGGGAAUAUUACUCUUGAACCUGUUGGGAUAUUACCAGCACUAACAACAAAAACUGAUCCAGAGGAGAUUGAAAACGGUAAUUCUGAAUGCAAGACCUUGAAGAAAAUGAAAAAUGAAAAGAUGGAAUCUCCUGUCUCAACACCAGUCCCUCCCCCCCUUCACCUCUUAGCUGCAGUAGGCAACAGUGAGAUUGCCUCACCAUGUGAACAGAUAAUGGUGCGUACACGCUCAAUAGCAGUGAACACAUCCGAUGUGGCCCUAUCCACGGAACCGGAGUGCUUAGGACCCUGUGAACCUGGUACGAGUGUCAAUCUCGAAGGCAUUGUAUGGCAGGAAACCGAAGAUGGAAUGUUGGUGGUGAAUGUUACUUGGAGAAACAAGACGUAUGUGGGCACACUUUUAGACUGUACCCGGCAUGACUGGGCUCCACCUCGGUUUUGCGAAUCCCCUACAAGUGACCUAGAAAUGAGGAAUGGCCGUGGCCGAGGUAAACGAAUGCGACCAAACAGCAACACUCCUAUCAACGAGAACAGCAAUUCAUCAGAUAACAAAGGCGCCACCAACAACAAGACACGCGCUGCAUCUAACAGUAAGGGUCGAAGAGGCAGCCAGACACCAUCGGAGCGCCGCACUCCUCCCAACAGCAACGCGGAGGAUAUUAAGGCCAGCCCCUCCUCGACUGGAAAACGUAAGGCUAAACCUGCAUCGGACAUGGAGCCUAAUUCUAGCUCAGAGGACACGAAAGGCAACAAACGCAUGCGGACAAACUCCAACAGUGGAGGAGUCGGGCUAACAGGUCUUCUCAUUCCUUCUAUUAAGACUGAGGCACUUCCACCCCCCCUUGAUCGGAGUUGCCCCUCACCUGUUCUCAUUGAAUGCCCUCAUCCCAACUGCAACAAGAGGUAUAAGCACAUAAAUGGCCUCAAGUACCACCAAGCCCGUGCCCACACGGAUGAUGAUGUGAAGCUGGAACUAGAUGUAGACAGUGAAUAUGGAGAGGACUCAACACUUCACCCUGAACCCGAGAAUUGUAACGGUGCAUCAAUCUCACAUAAAGGAUCUUUUUCUCCAGCAAGGUCAGUCACACCAAAAGGAAGGAACUUUGACAUUCAAAGUACUUCCCCGUCACCCGGCAAGUUUUGUUCAAAGCAGAGCAAAAAGAAAAUUGCUGAAACAGAAGCAGAAAUAAGUACACCGAUGGAAGGCUGUGAUGAUGGGGCAUGUCUUUCUGAUGAAGCCAGUAAUGAUGGCAUUGAUGAAAAAAGAAGUUCUGAUAAGUCCAAAAAAGGUAACACAAAGGCCGAUAAAAUGGCUCAAAAAAAUAUAAAAUCGCCACGAACAGUUGCCACUGGCCCUUCAGCAUCACAACAGAUGUACUCUUUCCCACCCGGAAACCCAAAUUCUUCACCAGGGCUUACCCCGGUUUUGCAAGGAAUCCCCAAGAGCCCCCAAUUGAAAGGCACGCAGCCAAAAAACCCUGCUGUAGGAGAUCCUCCCACAAGUAGCGCCAAAGACAAGAAGAAGAAAGAAAAGAAGAAAAAAGACGUUGGUAAGGAAGCUGAGAGCCCAAAGUCUGUGGGAAAGGGAGGAAAACUGGAGGACUGUAAAGCUCCAUACACCGACGUACCUGAACAAGGAAAUAAGGCUGAAGUGCUUCUCAAUGGAUCCUCGGACCCCCAUCAGAGUCGGCUGGCAAGCAUCAAGGCUGAGGCUGAUAAGAUAUACAGCUUUACAGAUAAUGCUCCCAGCCCAUCCAUUGGUGUGGCCAGUCGUCUAGAUGGCAGUGGAAUGCCGCAACCUCUUACACCUCUUCACAUGAACCAGAACGGUGCUGACAACUCUUCUGUGAAAACUCACAGCCCAGCAUACUCGGACAUUUCUGAUGCUGGUGAGGAUGGUGAAGGAAAAGUAGAGAAUGUCAAAAACAGGACAGAAGACCAGGCGCUAAGAGAAAGUGUCAAAAAAGCGCUCUUCCCAAAUCCAGCCCCCAACAAAGAUUCUCCGUACUAUGCUGGCUAUGAGACGUAUUACUCGCCCAAUUAUGUCAACCCGAGUCCUGGCGGACCAAAUCCCGGCACACCGGUGACUGAGCCUCAGGUGAAGAUAAAAAGGGAGGAUGACCAGGAUCCUGGGGAGGAAAAAGUCAAGGUUGAGGUUCAUGAAGAUCGCAAACCUGACAUCACUCCUGGCCAGCAGCAGCAGCAACAGCAACAACAACCCUCUGUCAUUCAACAACGAUCCAACAUGUAUAUGCAACCACUUUACUACAAUCAGUAUGCCUAUGUACCCCCGUAUGCAUAUCAUUCAGAUCAGGCAUACCACAACCAUUUAAUGAAUACCAACCCCGCUUAUCGACAGCAGUUUGAAGAGCGUCAGCGACAAAUGGCAGAACAACACCGUGCUGCUGAGAAAAAGUCAGACAUAGCCAUGAAAGAAAGAGAAGCUUCCAUCAAGGAGGACUGGAAACAAAAGAGCCCAAUGCAGCCAAACCUCUCCAAAACCCCGAGUCAACCUGAGCUGGGAAAGACACCGCAGCCUACCAGUAAAUCGAGGGACUCACCCUCAGAGGUUUCAUCCAAAUCUAUUGGAAAUAUUAAGGUAGAGGACAUCAAGUCUCAGCAAGCUGAAGGCUUAAAGAUGAAGCUGACAGAAGGAGGGCACCAUGGGAAGGAGGACUCCAAACAAGUGCUUGAUUUAAGAGGACAGGCUGGUACAGAGCAGGCUGUGUGGUACAGACAGCAGUACCCUGAAAGCCAAAAGGUAGAUGGUGAACACCAGCCACAGCAACCUCGAUGGAAAGAAGAACGAGACAGAGAACGGGAACGUGAUAGGAAAUCGAAGGACGAAAGGUGCAGGCCUAAGGACUGUCAAAGCGGGCCUAAAGAGGACGGCAAAGAAAUGAUUGACCCUCGAAUAAUUUCUGAGGAACAUCGGACCAUGAGCAAAGACUCUCGCACGAAUGCCCACUUGCAGUUCUCGUCACCACUAGCACAGCACCAAGGAUACAUGCCAUACAUGCAUGGUUACCCCUAUGGACAAGGUUAUGACCCGAACCACCCUGGUUACAGGGGCAUGCCUUCGGUCAUGAUGCAGAACUACCCAGGUUCUUACCUUCCCGGAGGUUAUCCUUUUUCUCCAUAUGGAAGUAAAAUAGCUGGAGCCGAAGAGGCCAAUGACAAAUCUCGCACUAGUCCUACUGUCAACAAAAUUGCAACAGACUCCAAAGCUCUAGAUAUGCUACAUCAACACGCCAGCCAAUACAAAAGUAAAUCUCCGACAGUAGGGGACAAGCCGCCCCUUGACAGAGAGCGGGAGCAGGACAGAGGAGCUGGCGGUGAAAGGGAUCGGGAAAGAGACGUUGAUCGGCCGCGCUCCUCGCCUUCCCAGCGGAUCAUGCCCUCUCACCACCACCUGGGGUACCCCUUGCUCUCAGGGCAGUAUGAUCUGUCCUACACCACAGGGAAACCUGACCGCCACACCUCAACCCUGCAAAGAUUCAUGUGA